UGUUGUUUUUGAUUUUGAGCAGAGAAGGUUGAGCGUGCGGGUAACGGAAAAAAAACGAGAAUAAUUUAAAUUUCAAAAACAAGAAAGGAAAGAGGAACAUCUUCAAACAUGGAUUGUGGAACUUCUAUGGUCAAAUAUAUACUCUUCAUAUUCAAUAUUAUAGUAUCGCUUCUUGGCAUCUUGGCCAUUGUCUAUGGAGUACUUAUCCUUAAUAGCAUUGGCACCAUUGAGGUCAAUGGACAAGUUGGUUUCCCACCACAGGCAGCCAUGCCGAUUAUAUUGAUCGCCAUUGGCUCAAUUGUGGUGUUUAUUUCGUUCCUGGGCUGUUGCGGUGCCAUACGGGAAUCCGUAUGCAUGACCAUGAGCUAUGCUGUCUGCCUGUUGAUUCUAUUGAUUCUGCAAUUGACCAUUGUGGUGCUAUUGUUCACCAACAGGGACAAGUUCGAUGCCUCGAUGGGUGAGGUAAUUGACCAAGCCUGGAAGUCACGUGAGAGUCGUGAGGGUGGUGUCUUUGAUGCCAUACAGAAAUCGCUGCACUGCUGUGGCCGCACGGGUCCUGAGGAUUAUCUGUCCACAUUGAGUACUUUGCCGGCCUCUUGCUGUGAAGGAUCUUGCCUGAAUCCUAUGAACAUCUAUGGUGGAUGCCGCGGAAAGUUUGUUCAAUUCAUGUCGGGUAGCACUGAGAAGGCCAAAUACUUUGGAAUCGGCUUGAUUGCCGUCGAGUUGGUUGGCUUCAUCUUUGCUUGCUGUCUGGCCAAUAAUGUGCGCAAUUACAAGCGUCGAAAUGCCUACUAGGAGCAACAACAAAAACACCAACAGACACACUAUACACACUCCUUUCUCCCCCCCUUCCCUCACAAACAUUCUCAUUAAUACUUAACUAAAUAUUGUCCUAGGACGCACACACAAAAGAAACGAAAAAUAAUUGUAUUCGAAUGAAAUCUGUUGAAUGAAACCAAAUGUUUUAUUUUGGUUUUAAUGGAAAACCAUUUUUCUAUUUGUUUAAUUUGAAUUUUGCUUUAACACACAACAAAAACAAGCACAAAUGCUUAUUCUAAGACGACUAUUACAAAAAAAAAAAAAACGCCUACAAGUUUUUUUUUUAUAUAAAUAUAUAUUUAUAAAUACAUCGAUAUAUUAUAUGUUUCAAAUUUCAAGUCAAAUCCAAUGCUUUUGUACAAAAAAAAAAAACACAAAAAUAAAAAUAUGUUGAAAAUUUGCAAAUUGAAAUAUCCUGCAAGCAUUUGUUUGAACAAAUAAUUACAUUCAUUAUUACUAUGUCAUGUUGAAAUCUAACAAAAGUGUCCAAAUUAUAUAUACACUGUUCAUUUUAUUCAUAUUUGUAUAGUAGAACGAAAAACUCUGUGAAAUACCCCUCGAAUUGCAUUCAAAAAUUUAUGAAUAAAGCAUUUAAUACGUAUUUAUGUAUACCCAAAA